GUUCUCAUAACUGUCUUCCAUGUUUUCGCCAUCUGCUUGACCACAUUCCGACUUGGCUUUCGGUAUUACAUACGGAGACUAUGGUGGGACGAUUUUUGGGCUGCCCUGUCAUGCUGCUGCACCUUCGUAUGCUUGGUCGCUACCUGGAUGCUCGCCUCACCUCUCGACAAUCCAUACAUCCAGACUAACACGCUUGGAAUCGCUGCUCAAUCGCGAACGACCCAUGUCAUUUCAUGGUGGGUGGACGUGCUAUUUUAUACCUGUUCUAUAUGGUUCGCUCGUCUUUCGAUUGUGUCAUCCUUCAUUCGCAUCGCUCCACCAAGCUGCAGUCGCACAGCAGCGCUUGCCGCUGCCGCCUUUUUCGUUGGCAUGUGGCUAUACAUUAUGCUCGCGAAGACGAUUCCCUGUGCCAUUGACAGAUCAUGGUAUAACGUGGCCUUCAUUCAAUGUCCCAUUCCUGAGUGGGUCGCGAUAUCAGAGGUCAUAACGGACUCGCUGUCCGAUAUCAUCCUCGUUUGUCUUCCAUUACGAUUACUGUGGCGGCUCCGCGUUCCUUCAAAUCAGCGGACCAUGAUUAUAGCGGUGUUCUCAUCGAGUAUCCUCACGAGUAUUAUCAGUGUCAUUCACACAACAUAUAUUAUCCCACCUACUUUCAUUGGAGGGGUAACUGCAGAUGUCGAGUCUGCUGUCUCUCUCAUAGUCUGCAACCUCCUUGUCAUCGUGACCUUCAUUUAUCGACUCAGACAUGGCGGUCGCGACAUGGGAACGUGCGACAAAAGCGCGUCUGGCUGCCUCACAACCAUCGAAUUUGGAAUGAGUGCGAAUUCCGAGUCGCGGUGUCCGACGACCAACCGCACCACUGGUUCCGAUGGUGGACACUUGGGUUCCCAGGCCUACUCAAACUUCAGUGAGGAAACGUAUUUGUCUGUCUUGCCACAAAAGCGUAGCGUGCUCUCCGAUGAAGAAAUAGAGCUAUCUCCUGUACCAACAAGAACGUUAUCAGGCUCAUCGUCACCGUCAUGGCCACUUGCUCAGUCACCAGGAUGUUUAUCUCAUUUGAGCUGA